GGAAAGGAGAAGGGGGAUCGAUGAACGUACGGAGAGGUGGAAUUCAGGUGCGAGUCGUAGUUUGCUCCACGAUCCUCAGUUUACCGUGACCAGUCGACGCGACGCAGUCUGAUAUUUACCCUCCGGCACCUCACUCUCUUUCUUACUCGCGUUUUCAUUUUUGAACAUUGUCACGCGUUUCCCAAUUCAAAAUUAACGAAUAAUCUUUCGGUAUUGUCUUGUUGCGAUUACCGAAAUGCGAAUUGAUUCGGCUCGAUCUCGACAAUUCAGGGUACAACAUUAUCCACCGAUUCGACGAAUUUUUAGCAAGACGAGUAUGUUUCCAACUCAAGAUGGUUUUUUCGAACAUCGUUGACUUCGAAUCGUAUUCGUCGUAGGAGACGAUAGCGCAUACCGUGUCACGAUACGAGGAUGGAUUCGACGAUGAUGACAUUGUUCGUCAUAGUGCUGUUGGUGAUCGGCAGCACGACCGCCGCGUUGAAUCACGAUGGAGUGAAAUGUGGUGAAAAACAUUGCUCCACCAUCGAGUAUUGCAGUAGCUACGACAAAAGUUGCAAACCGUGUUCCUCCAUCUGUAACAAGACCGCUCGCAACUAUUUGCCCCAAGAGUGCUUCUCCGAUUGUCAAGUCUAUCUUCAUGAUGAGCGAUACGUUCUUCUAAAUGAGUACGAAGAGUUGCGAGGAGAAGUUGGAAGAUUAUGGAUUCUAGUCUCGAUAUCCAUCACGAUAGCUUGCGUAUCGUUUCUGUUGACUCUCUACCUGAUAUUCGCCAGAAAACUCACACGAUGGGAAAAGAUGCGAGCUGCUAUAGGACGAAGUUUCGCUAGUAAAAAGAUAAAGAGAAUGUCGAGCAAUAAUAAUGACAAUAAUGUGAGUAAAACCAACAAUAAUAACAAUGAUCGUAACAGAGCAACGCUCCAAGAUGCGGAAUUGGGCACAUCAAAGCAAAACGGAUUGAAAUUAACGAUGCCCACAAUCAGCGCAAGCGUGGCUCCAUCUCGAUAUUCAGAGAACGAAACCAGACAUGGAAACGGAAGUUCAGCCGGAAGUGGAAGUGGGAGCGGUAGCGGGACUGCNGUCAGUAAUGUGACUCCAAACACCACCAGCACCUCACUCUCGAGAAGGCAUCCAAGCGAGGAUACCACUCUCGACUACGCUUAUGACAAUCCAGCGAUGACACCAAGCCCGGAAUCCGUCCAGUUAAGAACGAAGCGCGAGAGUUCCUUUUAAAUUCGAAUCGAAAUUGAAUCGAUUCAUGUGCUCCAUUCGGAUAAUAACUAUGACAGUUUAUUGAAAAAGCAAUCUCCUCACCGAUUUUAACGAGCUUGAAGUAGUGUUUAGUAGUGUAUAGAGUGGUACAUAGUGGUAGUAGAUAUGGACAUAAAUAUAUGUGUAUAGAAUAGACUUUUAGGAACGCGAGAA